AUGUUCCAAGGGCACGUCUGGCACACCAAAACACUCCGCAGAUUGUCAAAAUGUCAACUGCUGCUGCUUGGAUGCUUGCUCGUUCUACCGUGUGCAGAACCAGAUGUGCUCGGAGCAGGAAAUGCUGCGCAGGAUUAUCUCGCGCAGCAACAGCAACAGUCUUUGGCCUUUUUGUCGGACGAUGCGAGACACAUUGGGGAGCAAAAACCGGUUUCAGCAAAUGCCAAGGACAGUUUAGCAAGCGUGGAUGACCAAAGAGGCAUUGUCCCGGGAAUGAACGGGAAAGACAACCACGAUAAAAUUAGUGUAACAACUAGUGACGAAAGAGCGGAGCUUUCCGUCAAAGUUCAUCAAAUCCAACUACACGAAGGUGGGACUCAUUGGGUGGAAUUGAUAGUGGAGGCACUAGGACCAGACGGAAAAAUCAACAAAGCAUACAAUGGUGGGGUGGCUGCAUCCCUGAUUUUAGUUGAUGAGUACACCAAGCCAGUAGACUCCCAACAAGUACCUCUCGAGGAUUCAGCGAAUACUGGAACUGAGAGGGCGGUUCAUUUAGAAUCAAGCCUCGCCACUGAGGGAGCAGUCAGCGGAGCAGUAUUGGAGCACCAGCCCGAAGUCCAGUUGGAAGACCUAGACGGACGGCCAAUACGCAUAAAGAGCACUAUUGUAGCUAAUAUUAUCCCUAUCGACUUAAAUGGCAAGGGAGGCACUGCCUUGGCAUCAUGGACGGUGGAAACAGACGAACUUGGUUACGCAAGACUUCAUGACAUACGCGUGUCUCGGGCUGGGCAGCACGUGAUUCAAUUCGUGACUACACUGUGGCAGGAUACCCGCCUAGAGGUGCUCUCGGCCCCGUUUGAAAUUGUUCCUGGCCCUGCAGUGUCAGCGGUCUUUUCCCUAAAACCACCUCCCAGGGUGCUUUUGCAUGAACCCUUCAGUGCUGUGGCGACUUUGGUGGAUUUGGAAGGCAAUGAGACUGCGAACGCACCCAAACUUCGGAGAGCAGGCGAUCACGUGGAAGUUCACCUUAUUGCUCUUAAUGACGCUGGCCAGAAAGCAACUUGCACCCUUUGUGUCAAAGACACAUCCGACUCGUCAGCUAGCGUCCAAGCGGUUUCAGCUUCAAGGCUACAAUUUCAGCCUUUGCCUCUACUACUAGAGCGUCGCGCCACACAAGGCAAUGAAAAUGAACUGCCUUCCCGUGAACACUGGGGGCAACUAAAAGUUUCUCUGAAAGCAGAAAACUGGAACUUUGGGGCUCCUCAAAAGCCUGUUCUGGUCGAAGUCAAGAGUGUUGCUCUCUUGGAUCCUUUGGGAGGGUUGAUCCAGGAAGAUGGUGCACAGUACCUAAGGAUUGAGCCAACCAGCUUAUUGUUUUCGGUAGAGGAAGCAACAGAUGUCAAAACAUUUUACCUCCAGCCAUUGAGCCCUGGUUUGGUUGUUGGCAGUAAGGGCUUGUCACAGCCUGGGUCAUCUAUAAACAUUGCGGCCUUUUCUGUAACGUUUGACGUUGUUUCUGACGACCCGUCUUGGUCAGCGAGUACUGUAGAAUUUGAUCUUCCUUCUCCAGCACUUCUUCACGGAGUGCAGUCAUUGUUUUUUGCUGGGCCGAAGUCCCUAACAGUGUACGCGAUGGAUAGCGAUACGUAUGAGCUAAUGGCCGGCUUUCCGCAGCAGCAACUUGUUCGAGAGGGGGAAGAGAUAUCUUACACACUGCGGCUGUCUGCUCGUCCGCGCGAAAAUGAGGAAAUCACAAUUCACAUUUCCGGCGAUCAAGGCAACAGCAUUUCUGUAAAACCCGCAGUGCUGCAUUUUGAUGCAAACAACUGGAAGCAAGAGCAAGUAGUGGUGCUCAAGGUAGAGCAAGACAACAUUGCUCCACCUGCGAAUGAGCAUCCGUUGGAAGGAAGCAUUUCUGGAGACGUCAUUCGAGAGUUGGCAUUGCGUCAUGACAUUUUUAGUAGCGAAGAAGCCAACACGUGGAGCAUGCGCGGUGGCACAGAAGUGAUAUUUUCAGUGUGGGAUGACGACAUUGCGGGAGUUGAGUGGGGAACAAAUCCACACUAUCUCAUCGCAACCGAACAAUUUAACUUGUCAUUCCGGCUGAGAUCUCAGCCGCUCGCCAAUGUCAGCCUGCAGCUGCAUUGUGACGGCACCGAAAUCAUAUCGCAAACAAAGCAUGUUUACGAUUUUGAAGAUAUGCCGAACAUAGAUACUUUUGACGAAGACGAAAAACUUGGCCAAAUUUUCGUGGAAACUGCUCACUGGCAGGCCGAGUACAGCUUCAUACUGCGCAUUCUUAACAUAUCGGAAACGCACAAUGCUUCUUUGGCUUACAGUGGGGAAGGCUACGAAGUAUUUCAGAGCGUAUGCAGUUUGAGGGCUUCUUCGGAUGACGCCAACUACAAUACAGGUGACGCUCCCGCAAAAGCACAGCGCUAUAUUCUUCUAUAUUUAAUAGUUUGCAAUGCUGUUAUUCUUGCUACGCUACUCCGUUCGUGGAAAGCAAUUUUUCCUUCAAUUUAA